AUGGCUGACGAAUCUGCUGCCAGCUUCCUCAAGGCAAUUGAGAAUCUCAUCGAGCGGAAACUCGCCGAGAAAUCACCUGACUCACCACGUGCUACCGCAUGCUCGACUCCCGCACCUGAAGUCGAGGCUCUAGCUCGUGCCAUCACGCCAUUUACGGACUCACCGGACCAGAAUCUGACCUUCGAGACAUGGUUCAGCCGCUACAAGUCGACAUUCCUGGAAGACGGGAAGAAUCUGGAUGAAGCGGCGCGAGUCAGACUUCUGCUACGGCGAUUGGACGGUGCAGCGUAUGCUCGAUACGCUAACCUUCUCCGGCCUCGAGAUCCCGCCGAGAUCUCGUUUGAAGAGAAUGUCCGGAGACUUUCUCGACUCUUCGGGAAAGGUGAAUCGUUCUUCAGCAUGCGGAGAAAGUGCCUCCAAUACACCAUGGACGAGGCUGAUGAUUGGGGCAACCACGGUGGCCUCAUCAACAGUCUAUGCGAAGACUUCCAAAUCAGUGCCUGCACUCCGGACCAAUUCAAGGCUCUCAUGUUCUGCAUCAGCAUCCGGAGUGACCGCCACAUCUCCGUACGUGAGCAAUUGCUGGCGAAAUUGGAGACGGACUCAGAGAAGAUCAACGUCGACUUCCUCAUCGACGAGGCCCGUCGCUUAUCCAACGUGAAGAAGGAUGCUCGUCUCGAUAUCGUCCCGGCCGCGUCUGUGAGUGUCGUGAGUGUGAAGAAGAACCAUGCGAAUCAUGGUAAGAGGGAUCAUCCUCCGCGGCCCUGCUUCCUGUGCGGUGCUAUGCAUUUCACGGGGUACUGCCCACCUGCUCAGUCCUCCUCCGGGAAGCCCAAGGCACAGCGCGGAAGGAAGAACAUCGCCAAGAAGAGGAAGAAUCAGCAAGCCCGCGCUAACGCCAUACACUCAGAACGGUAUCGUGGUCGACGAUACCUCACUCCUGUGGUCAACGGUCAGCCGCUCUUGUUCCAGCUCGACAGCGCUGCCGAUGUCUCUGUUAUGACCAGAGACGCCUGGGAGAAGAUUGGCAAGCCGGCGCUUCAAGAAUCUUCACUCACUGUCCGCGAUGCUCAGGCCAAUCGCAUCCAGGUGCUUGGACAGUUUGAGGCUACUAUUCGAUUCCACGGCAAAGAUGUAGCGAACUAA